GUCAUGAACUACACAGCAGUCCACACUGACGUGUCCCUCGGCGACGCUGGGUACUAUGCCUUUACGCCUUUUAUACGCUGUUUUGACGGCGUGCUCUCCGACUGCGAUGACGACGAUGACGAUCCCGAGGACAUCAAUGCGGGCAAGCUGAUCCGUGCCUGCGGUCUGUCAUGGAUUAAUGAAGGCCAGUCCCGAUUAAGCCCUGGUCACCAACGGUACUCUGGCACCGAGAGUCUCGUUCAGACAAGUAGUCCUGCCGAUAUUAAAGAGGAGCCGCAGUCUAGUUAUGAUAGCGUUGCCGACCAGGCCACCGUUAACAAAGACAACAGUUCAGCCAGGAGUAGGGCUAGCAUCGCAACUCUACUUAUUGCGCUAAUGUGCGCAGCAUACAAUUUCAUAUAAGAGCUGAAUUAUACAUAUAGAUGUCAACCCUAAUACAGCCUUGAUAAGGAGUAGCAAAGCGUAUAUAAGUUGCUCUUUAAGUCUGUUGAAUCUUACGAGAAGAUGAGCUAGGGACUACGAGUAUACAGGAGCCUGUAGUCAUUCAUACCCUAUAUAUAUAUAAUAUUAAUAUAUGGC